CUGUAAAGCUGUAUAUCAUUUAUAUGUAGCAUCUUGCUUAUUUUUUAGCAUAUAUGUAGUGUAAAAACAUGUAUGCAUAUAAUGAUUCCACGCCUCACCUCUGGCUCUUCAUUCCCUGUCUUGUUUUUUUCCAGACAAUCUCUGUGUCUGUAUCGGUCCUGACACUAAGCUGCAUUGCCCAGGAUCGCUGGUAUGCUAUCUGCCAUCCCCUGAAGUUCAAGAGCACUGCCAAACGAGCCCGCAAGAGUAUCGUCUUUAUCUGGCUGGUUUCCUGUGUGAUCAUGAUUCCUCAAGCCAUAGUUAUGGAAUGCAGCAGUUUGCUCCCGGAGCUCACCAACAAAACCAGCCUAUUCACUGUGUGUGAUGAACACUGGGGAGAUGAAAUCUACCCAAAGGUCUACCACACCUGCUUCUUUAUUGUCACUUAUUUUGCUCCAUUAUGUUUGAUGGUCCUGGCAUACAUUCAAAUAUGUCAUAAACUCUGGUGUCAACAGAUUCCUGGAACAUCCUCUGUGCUUCAGAGGCAAUGGAGGUCGCUACAGUGUACCACCCAGUCUACAGGUUCUGGAGAAUCUGUUAGGGUCAGAACCAGCACCGUGUCAGCUGAAAUCAAACAGGUUAAAGCCAGACGAAAAACAGCGCGUAUGCUGAUGGUGGUACUGCUUGUCUUUGCCCUCUGCUACCUGCCCAUUAGUGUCCUCAACAUCAUGAAAAGAGUAUUCGGGGCUUUUAAGAACACAGGUAAUAGGGAGACUGUGUAUGCCUGGUUCACCUUUUCACAUUGGCUUAUUUACGCCAAUAGUGCCGCCAACCCAAUUAUCUACAAUUUUCUAAGUGGUAAAUUUCGUGAGGAAUUCAAAGCUGCAUUUAUCUGUCAUUGCUCUGGCAGAGAUGAGACGCACAAGGACAGAGUUCGAGGAAGAACCAGCACAGAUAGCCGUAAAUCUCUCUCCACUCAAGUAAACAAUCUUGACAACAUCUCACGGAUAUCCGAUCAGGCAGUGUAAAAUCGUAGCAGGGAGGGCUGGCAAGAUUAAUUCAACAACUGCUGACCACCAACUAAAACCCAGAACAUCUGUGUGCCAUAUGCUUUGACCUGUGAAACGAAACAGGCUCAUAAGAUUGAAUAGACCCAUUAGCCUCAGAAAAUGACACACAUUUUUCUGUCUCAAAUAAGAGCGCACAAACCUUCAGCAAAAUUGACAUUUGUACCCUCUGAGGCGAGAGUUAUUUUCGUCUCACAGCUUGAUUGGGGUACAGCCACAGGUAAUGAACCUCAUAAUCUUUCAAGAUGAAUCAUCUCUGAAAACAUGUUACCUUGAGUCUGUUCAGUACAGUUUUAAUACGUUAUGGGGCUGUGGCUGACACCGAAUAGGUUAUUCGGAAAGGCACAGAUAAUCAAAUAACAAAUUCUACUAAAUAAUUUAAAAGAAAUGGACCUUGAGAUGCCCCAAAAUUUUCUAUAUGGUUUUGGUAUUUAAAUGGUAAAUACAUAAGCUAUUGAAGGCACACAAGGCAAGUCUGAGUAUUAUUUCUCUACUAGCUCCCCCUAGUGUCUGGGAGUAAAUGCGUUCUAUAUCUAAGACUAUACGAGACUGAAGGACACCGGGUCGGAUACAGCGAACUUGCAAGUGGGGUAUUCUUCCUACAGACGGUAGGGGCGGGCGAGAGAGUCUUCAUUCGUCAUGUAAUGAGUCAUUUAACCAUAUACCGACUUACGAAGAUGAUUUAUUAACAUAAAAAUGCUGCCUUGUGUCCAUUUAAGGAGCAGCAUGAGGCCUGCUGACUGUCUUAUAACUAUGCCGUUCGUGUAUGUGUGUGUUUAGGUCUAUCAAAAGAAC